CCAACUCUGGCACUGAUUUUCAAAUCAAUUUAAAUGAAUUUCUAGAAUUUUUGAAACUUUCUUGUCAUGUUAACGAUAUGAUAGCCAAGGCAGAUAUGGGCAAGUCACACACAAGGGAGCCAAUACCACCCAUGGAGGGAGCCGGAGGCGGUGGUAAUCAGGCCAAACGGCAGACAAAGCGCGAAGAGUUUGAUUUUGAUACAUUGGCCGAGAAUCAUUUGGUCAACGAGCUGUUGGGCCUCAAGAGGCUCAAACAUCAUCGACAUUCCACCACCACCAGCACCACCACGAACACCACCACCACCACCAAUACUAAUACCACUAGCAGCAUCACUGCCACCACAAGCUCCAGUCGUGAUGAGAGUAGAACCAACUUGCUAUUGGCUAGCAAUGAGACCAAAUCUCUCCGUUCUGGUCCAGGACACGUGCAUGGCGGAGGGGGACGUGGACGUCACGAUUCGUUAGCCACCUAUAGGGGCUUACAUCCCAAACUAAGUGAACAAUUGGACGCGGUUAUUAAUGAGGGAGUACUCGAUUCGGUUCUUUCGUUCAUUUGUCCAGUGCCCGUGCCCGUUCCCAUGGCCACCAAUGCUAGAAAUAAACCCAAACAGCAGCAGCAGCAGCAGCAACAACAACAACAGCAGCAUAUGACGCCAGCGGCAAAAGAAAUCUUAACACUGCCCACGAAUCCAACUCCAGCUCCAGCUAUAGGGGCUGCCAAAUCCAUGACCGAUAUGUCUUCCUAUGGCAAUUCAUCGUUACCCGUGACGACAUCGGCACCAGUCCUCCAGCAGCAGCAGGUGACUGAAAUGGAUGGCAUUGCAUCGUCCUCCGCAUCCAACAAUUUGAUGCGUGCCAUGGUCAAAGAGCCAAGCACGAGCAAGGGAUCAAUCAAUACCACGGGACGCCGCAAAUCUCUUCUUUUGGUCAAGGAUAGCAAACAUUUGCGUCAGGAGAAGAGGGAGCCCGAGGUGGUGAUCCAUGUCUGCGAUGAGGUGAAGAACACCUCACGUGACUUCACCUGCCCGCAGAGUUUGUUGGUCAGCAAAAUGGGUUAUUUUGCCGAUGUGACAGCUGGCCAGCGGCUCGAAGAGAUGGACAUAUCGGUGCAUUGUGACAUUCUGAUCUUUGACUGGCUCAUGAAAUGGAUCAAGCACAGUGCCCAGAGUCAGGAAUUACCGAAUCCCAGUCAGACAAGCAAUCACGCCUCAUCGGGCCCCCAACUGGAUGGCAAUAAUGUUGUCCCCAUAUUGGUCUCGGCGAGUUUUCUGCAAAUGGAACCCCUGUUGCUGGAAUGCCUUACCUUUUGCCACGCCCAUCUCAGCGAGGUGGUGCGCACCUCGACCAAUCUGUCGUGCUUGAACGAUGCCCUGGUUACCCGUCUAGCUGCCAUGUUCACCAAUCUGGAGCUGGAAAUAGUGCGCGACAAGAAGGAGAGGGUGACGCCACGUCUCUGGACCAAGUUGAUACAGAGUUUGAGUGAGCCGGAGCCGGAGGCUCUUCGUGGCCACUUCUACAGUAUGUCCGGUUUGUUUCGUUGCAUACGAUGCUUCAGUUGUGUGACCAAUACCAUGAAGUCCUACAUGAAUUGCACGCCCAGCAACAUACGCCUGAAUCGUUGGGGACAGCUGAUGAGUGGUCAUGUGCGGGAUCCCAAUUGGGAUCUCAAUAUCUAUAUAAUGCAAUUGUUCAAGGAGUUGAAGUCGUGGCGCAAGGUCUAUUGGAAGCUAUGGGGCCAUUGCCACUAUCUCUAUUGUUGCACCUGUGAGGCACAUUUUCCGGUCUACCAGAUGAACUGGUGUCGCUACCAUCCGGAGGCGCCGAAUUUCUUGGGACCAGUGGGCAAUGCCGGUCCAGCGGGCCGUUACGCCUGUUGUGGCCAGCAGGCAUUUAGAUAUGAGACUCUGCCGGGACCCAAUGGUUGUCAAUUCCGUGAGCACAGUGUUCUGGUGGAGACCGAUCGAGAACGUGCCAUAUUGGCUAUAGCUCAGCUUGUAGCUGAGAAUUUUGCACUGUGCGAAUUGCCACCGUUGCGCAUCCAAGAGUUGGCCGCCGCCGGUGAGAUAAAUCCCAGUUGGCAGGGCAUCUCAUUGACGCCUCAACGUUGCCGGCAAGGCCUAUUGCCACAACUCUGCAUGGACAUGACCAAUCACAGGGUGAGCCGACGAAUGCGCGGAUCUCGCUACCAAAUCGAUACUAGCACGGACUCGGAGACGACAUCAACAAGCGAGGAAGAUGCCCGUUCGUUGCGACCCAGAAUGCGCAAUGCCAUGAAUCAUAAUGAUGAUGAUGAUUCCAGCGAAUCAAGCGAUGGCUGUGAAUCGGAGCAUCAUCAUCGUCCGCCGCCUAGGAAAACACGUGGCAAGAAAGGACGAAAAAGGCCCACCGAAGUGUCGGGAAGAUUCUGGUCGGGUGAGUUGUCGGCCCGCAGCAAUCAGGAUCAUCAGCGCGAUUUUGAGGAGAAGAUUAUGAAACAGGUGGCCACCUAUGUGACCAAAAAAACCGGAUCCGAUCAGUCUCUAGUCCAGAAUGCUAAGCCCCUGGGUGGCACCUACGUGCGUCUCGAGACCGAGUGGAAAGAGAUGCUGAAACAGCGUCAUAGUAACCACAAUUUGCCCAACAACUCCACUGGGCUGGCCGGUGGCGGACCAGGAGGGGCUGCCGGCGGAGGCAGUGGUGCUGCCGGCGGCGGCAAUGCAGGCAGCAUUUUAAGCAGCAGCAGCAACACCCUAAUGAGCGGUUCUAUGCCCUUAGGGGGCAUGGCCGGUUGUGGCGGCACCACCCUUGGCUCCAGUGCCCCUCUAAUGUCCAAGCAAAGGCACAAGUAAAUGGUUACUCCCUCGUUUUACCUAGCUAAAUACACAGAAUGUAGUGAGAAAACAUCGAAAUGUUUGUAGGCACAAAUUUUUAGUCGAAAUGUUCUAGUCAAAUUUAAUUAAAAAAACACAUGUAAUAAACCCUU